GGUGAAAACUUAAUAUCAACAUAACACAAAAAUUGUCCAAGUAAUACGGAAAAUGGUUUUAACACGGGAAAUGAGGGAUGAAUUAGAAUCGGCUGUGAAUAACGCUGUCCAUAAAUGCCUUACCAGUGAUGCAGUCAUAAAAACGAUUGUAAACAACGUGUCCGAAGCGAUAAUGAAAACAAUGGAAACGAAGUUAGCUGAAAUGGAAAAAUCCGUCAACACUAUACACGAUAAAUUAUCGAGUAUGAAAGAGGAAUAUGAUUAUAAAAUUUCUGAACUGAAAACCGAAACUGAAAUUGCCAAGUCGGAAAAAAAACACUUUACAAAAGAAGUUCGAUCAAAUGGAUCAAUUCUCAAGGAGGUCAAACCUAAGAAUUUUGAAUUUCGAAGAGAAUCCGAGUGAACAAAUCAGGGAAGAAGUAAUAAAGUUGAUGAAUACAAAAUUGGCUAUCAAUCUAACCCAUAAAGACAUCGACAUAUGUUACAGAGUGGGAAAGAAAAAUGAAGGAAAGGCAAGAGGAGUCUUCAUCAAACUACAUGACUAUAUGGUUAAGCACAAAAUCUAUAACAAAAAGAGAAUGCUGAAAGGGACUGGAAUCAUUAUAAGGGAGGAUUUAACAGGUCCUAGAAUGGAAUUGCUGGGCAUGGCUGUUGACAAGUAUGGUAUGCGAAACGUCUGGACUGAUUCUGGGAUGUUGGACAUUUUGGAUACAUUGGAUAGUUAUGAGGAAGUUAUUACGACGACAAGUCCUAGUUUACACGAUUAUUUUGCGGGAAGAGACAGCAGGUUGGCGGGUGCAUUGGGUGUUAUACAUUUUAAUAUUCGGAGUCUGAGGAAGCAUUUUGAUGAAUUGCUCGUAUACUUGGAGAGAAACUUGAAUAAUUUGGAUGUCAUAGUCCUGUCGGAAACAUGGAAUCUUGAUUCGAGGUGGAAAGAUGGAGCGAGAUUUUAUCGUGUAAAGAGACACAGAGAGGUUAUAGUGUCUUUGUUGAUGUGUUGGGGAAACAUAUCGCUGAGUCAACUGAAACAAUGCUACGCAAGAAAGGUAGAAACAAGCUGAAGCCGUGGAUAACAGAGGGGUUGGUGAAGUCGAUUCAUACCAGGGAUCAGAUGAAGAGGAAAUUUCUGAGGUCUCCUACACCUGAACUCGAACUGGAGUUUAAAAAAUAUAGGAAUAAACUCAAUAGUCUAAUAAAAUUUACGAAAGAUAAUUAUUAUAAAAAUAAACUGGAUGCAUGUGAUAAUUGUGGGCAAUCCUGGAAAAUAAUUAAUGAAAUUUCAAAUUAUAAACCAAAAAAAAGUAAUAAUGUUGAGAAUGUUUCUUUAUUAGAGCAUGGUGAUAAAGUCAUUACAGAUAAUGAAGAAAAAGCGAAUUAUUUCAAUGAUUACUUCAUCAAUGUUGGAAAAAAAAUGGCCAACAGAAUUGAAAAGUGUGAGUUACCUGAAAAUUUUUUAAAAAAAUCUACAGUGGCCUCAUCGUUGUUCCUUCGACCUGUUGAUGAGAACGAAAUAAUUUUGGCAAU